GUCAGGUCAAGGGUUUAUUCCCAUAAUCCAUUCACAAUUGGGGAGGUAGGUGGGGCGAAGUUAAUUUCAGUAAGUAUGGCUGCUACGAUGGCAGCGACGCUUGCUCCGCAGAGCAAUGACGAUGCGCGGAGUCGGCUGUUGGCCACUAGUGGUAGCAGUAUUGAAGAUAUUGACCAGCUAGGAAUCCAACAAGAAGAAUUUGAUCCAUUUGAUGGAAACAAUGAUCAACCGGAUGCAUAUGUUGAUGCGAAUCUUCAAGCUCCUCCCGAGAACGAAUGGUAUCAUGGACGCCUUGAUAGGGCCACAGCUGAGAUGCGGUUGCAGAACAGUGGCAAAAUGGGUGCUUACUUGGUGCGUGAAAGUGAGAGAAAGCCAGGCUCGUAUGUUCUCUCUUAUCUUGGAGUGAAAGGAAUUAACCAUUUCAGAAUCACAGCAGUUUGUGGGGAUUUCUACGUUGGAGGUCGUCAGUUCGAAUCCAUGAGUGAUCUAAUUGGUUACUACACAAACAUAUCUUACAUUCUAAAAAGUGAGAGAUUACAGUAUCCUGUGGCCCCUCCCGAGCCUGUUGAUGAUCGAAAACGAGUAAUGGCGAUACUACCCUACACCAAAGUCCCUGACACAGAUGAGUUAAGUUUCCUUGAAGGAGAGAUCUUUGUCGUUCACAAUGAGUUGGAAGGAGGCUGGCUAUGGGUCACUUCACAGAGAACGAGUGAGAGUGGAAUAGUGGUCAAAGACCUUGUUAAAUACUUGGAUGCUAAUGUGGACCCACAUGAGGGAAAAGAGUGGUUCCACGGAGGUAUUACGAAAGAGGAAGCGGCUGAGUUACUUCUUAAAGACGGUGAUAUUGGAAGCUUCAUCAUUCGUAACAGUGACAAAAACCCAGGUGAUUAUUCACUAUCAUUCCGAGGCCAGGAUGUUAUUCAGAGAUUUCGCAUUCAGAAGUUACAGGAGCAGUACAUGAUGGGUGGCCGGUACUAUAACAGCCUUGAUGAAAUUGUAGAGCAUUAUAUGAAAGAAGAGAUUGUUGAUGGUCAUACCUUGACCGAGCCAGUAAGACCAAUGAGGACAGAGAUGCUAAUGCAAGAGGCUGAGGACCGACCAAAUGUAAACAUGGAUGAAAUACGCAAGAGGAGGAGCAGCGGUCUGUAUCUCAUGAGUGGGGACAAGUCUGUUAUGCAAGGACAUCUCAGCAAAAAAAGCAGUAAACACAAGAAAUGGAAGGAGUAUUAUUUCAUUCUAAAUGCACAAGAACAGCACCUUCUCUUCUUUGAGAAUGACAAGAAAACACGACCCAAAGGUUUGAUUGACCUUAGCUACAGUUCAGUGUACACUGUUCAUGAAAGUCUGUUUGGGCGUCCUAACUGCUUUCAAAUUGUUGUACGUGCUAUGAAUGAUGUCACUAAUUUCUUUCUGAAUGCGGAAACCACAGAGCUUACACAGGCAUGGAUACAAGCUAUACGAUCAUACUGUUCGCGAGUAGCCAGGCCAGCAAACAAGUCCGGCCUAAAACAGCUAAAGAGUUUGGCAUUGACUGUCCUUGAAGCGCAUAAGAUGCCUGCCAAGCAGCUCCCACAUCCCUACUGCGUGAUCUCCCUGAAUGAUGUCAAAGUGGCUAGAACCCAAGUACAAGAAGGCAAUAGACCUAUAUGGAAUGAAGAAUUCAUAUACGAUGAUUUUCCUGAUGAUAUUGACUCAUUCACUAUCGACGUGUGCAAUGGAAGCAAAAAAGCAAAAGCCAUUCCCGUUUGUCGGACAACCGUUCUACUGGAGAAGCUGCCCAGUGGCCAAUCGGUGGACGACUGGUACCCACUUAUAUCAGUCGCCUCACAAAGUAAAGGAGAGAUGGGUUCCAUUCGAGCAAAGAUCCAAUUUGUACAAGAAUUACUAAUGCCACUAGAGGAGUAUAAGGGACUUAAGGAGCUGAUCUUAGCUGAAGAUCAUCACAUCAUAUACGCUUUAGAAGAGGCAUGUGUUAAAGAUAGACCACAGCUGGCUGGGGUUAUUUUAGAUAUCUUUCGACGAGAGGGCCAAGAAAUAGGUCUACUAGAAGCCCUCAAUAGAAGAGAAAUAGAACAUGAAGAGGGUCAAACAACGUUGUUCAGAGCAAACACAUUGGCAACUACGUUAAUGGACCGAUAUAUGAGAACAUCCGCACAAUCAUUUAUCCAUAGAGCAUUACGAGAAGUUGUCAAGAAAAUCAUGGAUGCCAAGCAGUCAUGCGAGUUGAAUCCUGCUAAGCUGGAGAAGGGUGCAGAUGUUUCAGUGAAUCUCGAACAUCUUGUAGGCUUUCUAACGGAAAUUACAGAAUCUAUCUUCAAGUCAACAAACUUUUGUCCUCCAGCAUUGAGAUAUUUAUGUGGAUGUUUACAACGGGAUGUGAAAGCAAAAUGGCCAAGCGAUGAAAUAGUCCAUGCUAGGGUUGUAAGUGGAUUUAUUUUCUUGAGGUUAAUUUGUCCAGCAAUUUUAAACCCUAAACUCUUCAACAUUGUCUCUGAUGCACCAUCACCAAUGGCAAGCAGAACCUUAACAAUUGUUGCCAAGGCGAUACAGAACUUGGCCAACCAGGUGGAAUUUGGUGCAAACUAUAAAGAGCCAUAUAUGGAAGCAUUGAAUCCUUUCAUUGUGCUUAACAAAGGCCGCAUGGUACAUUUUCUAAAUGAACUAGCACAAAGUGUUAAGAAGUGUCCGGCACCACCAGAUAACAACACCAUUGAUUUAGCACGUCAGCUAGCUGCUUUACAUCAGAUUUGUGUUUUCCAUAUCAAGGAUUUGCAGAGAUUAAGUCAAACACAGCCAAGUUUAAAGAAAUUGCUGGCGGUGACAGAGCAGCUGACGAAUAAAAAGAACCAAUACAUGGGAAGGGCACAGGCUAAGCAGGCUGGGAAGGAAACCUACAACACAGUAUCAUGAUCAGGUGCAAUGACGUUGAUGGACGAGGACCAGAACCAACAAAACUGGAAGAUGGACACACAAAGUGACCAUGGAAACACUCAGUUGGAACGAUGCAAUUUAUUUUGAAGUGCUAAUUUAAAGGAUUUUUCUUUUUAUUUCUUUUAAAUUAUUUUAAGUGCAUGGUUAUGUAUUGUGAAUCAUUACAUUUUUUUUUUUUUUUUUAUGUUCGGAGUUUACUGGUAUCUAUGAUGAUGAUGAUAGAUGUCUUGUUAAGCUGGCAGUUUGAACAUAUACAUGUGUGUGUCCCAACAGAGCUGCUUCAGGGCCAGUGGUGGUGUCAUUGAGGUGGCAGCAUGGUUAAUCCCCCAGUCCGACACAAUUCAUCAUAUUAAAGAGAAAUUUCCUUUAGGAAGUAUUUUUGUGCAUAAUACAUAGUAAAAUUUCUCAAACUAGUUUAGAAAAGCCCAGAACUGUCCAGUUUUUUUGUUUUUUUUUCGGAUUUAGACCCUGGGCUUGCUCCAGUACUUCACCUCUCCAAACUCUGCCGGUCUGUUAAGAUUUGUUGAGACCCCCUUCUCUUUGACACCUUAGCUGCUUCUGGUGCUGGCCACUGUUUUGGGCUAUGAGGUACCACAUCCAACUAUGGGCUGUGAGGUACGGCAAGUCAUAUUUUUUAACCGAUAGUAGACUUGUUGGUAAAUCAUUACAAUCCGACUACUAUAUACUUAGUGAAUAUUUACCUGUAUGAUUUAAUAUAUGCCAGUUGCCAUUUGGGAACUUUCCUCGAAAAUAAUUGAUUUUUUUGACCCAGCUGCAUAUCAUAUGUUUUUAAUUUAGGUCAGUUUGCUUAACAGCAAGGUAGAGCACCAGAGAUUUUUGUACUUAGGAAGUGGCUGGCUAUUUUGGGGCACAUUAUUACAUGAAUAUGUUCGACUACCAUAUGAGAAUAACAUAUUUGAUUUUAAGGUAGUCUACUUUAUAUAUUAAGACUAAUUUACAAUCAAAUACAUUUUCAUUUUAUGUAAACCAUGUAUUUAUAUUUAGGUUAGUCAUAACUUUUACUUUUGCGACCUUUAUCCUUCUUUGUAUACUUUUGGUGCUUUUACUGAGUAAAAUAAUGUGUGGAAUCAAUUUUAAAUUACUUUAAUUUUCAAUGUUUUAAAAUGUUUAUUCAACCCUAAGAUGAUGUUUUAACAACUCUGCGAAGACACCAAAGGUUUAGCACUUAAAAUGUUUCUUAACUUGUGUAAAUUUUGAUGAAGUUGAGAACACUAUUAAAUUAGGAAGAAGCAUGAAUUUCAAGGUAGAUAAAAUAGUGCUCAGAUAAACCUUUUAAAAUAUAUAUAUUUUUUAUUAUUUUUUAUUUUUGUUUUACCGGUCAACAUAUUAAUAUGUUUAUCAUUUUCAUUAGCGUUGAAUGAGGUUUAUAUUUUUUAUCUUUCUUCCAGAAGUAAAUCUAAAUAAUUCAAAAAUUGGAUAAAACAUAUAUAUUCAAAAACAACCUAGUCAAUUCAUGAACAUUUUUCCAGAAAAAAAUGAAUUAUCCUGGAAUAAUACAGGUUUAAAAUGGUCACUUUUGGAGAACAAGUACCAAGGUAUUACAUUGUAUUUUGUAUUCAGAAGUAGUUACGCCAUCAUUGUACCAUUAGGUAAAUAUGACUUUGGUAGUACCAUUGGUGUAAUGAAUAAUUGUAUGGUGUUUUGACUUUACAGCCGCUUAUUGCGCAUCUUGUAGAUAGUUGGAUGAUGAUUUAUUGUAAGAUAUCAAACACCUGACAUUCACCAAAUACUGUAGACACUCUGCAUGAGGUUGUGCAUAUUUAAUUUGAAUACUUCCCUAAUUUUGACGACCUAAUGCUAGAGACUGUUUAUUAUAUUUAUAAAACUUAAGUUAAGAGCCUGAUUAUUGCCUUUAAAAAGUUUGCAUGCGAAUGGCUUCUUUAAAAGUUUUUCUCUCUGAAAGAGUUUUUCAACACUUGGUCUCGUGCUAGUGCACUAAUGAAUCUCUAAUUUAUGUUUGUAUCCAAACUUUUCUAUGCAUAAUUAUUCUUGAGAUCACGCAUCUAAUAACAGUAGAGAACAAACACCUACUCCCCUGCCCCACGGAAAUUGAAUAACAUGCAUUCCUAUAUAUUCCCCAUAGCUUGUAAUGUCAAAUGUUUAAUGCAACUCAACUAUCAUAUGUUUAAUUUUUGUCUUCAAACUUUUUCAGUAAUCGUAACUGGAGCACGUGAUCUAGUGAGAAGUAUACAAUUAUCACGUGACAGUAUUUUGAAUUUGUGUGUAAGGAAAAGAUCAGUAUUUUAAAAUUUUUGAAUUUUUGGAAUGUGUCGUAUUGAAAAAAAAAAAAUUUUGAGAACAAUUUGUAACAUUAACAUUUAAAGAUAAUUUCAAAGAUAAAACUUGAUGUUGUCGUUAACGUUGUGAGUAAAUAAUUUAAGAUGUAUUUACUGGACAAUCUUGAUAUUUUAUAGUUUCACUGAAGCAUGGAUAUGUUCCAUAAUUUCAUCACAUAUUUGGAUGUGUUAUAGUACACACUGCAAUUCCAGUUAAUGUUACUGGUAUUCAUGGUUCAUAGAUUAGCAUCUGUGUGUUAUAUAUCAGCAACAGGUUUUGUACUAUUUAUAACAAUUUAAAAAGUGUUUAUUAUUUUUUACUUUAUGUUUUGGUCCUACUAUAAUGUUUUGUGAAAUAUUUGAAUAAUAACAUCAGUACAAGUAUUCAAUGCUUUGUUAAUAUCUAGUGAAAACUUGGAAUGGAAAAGUAAUGGACAUGAAUAUAUUGCCUCUUGUUUUCUCUGCAAUUUUUAAUUGGUUAAAAUUGUCUCUUGUGUCAACACUGUACUUUGGUAAUUUUCGGUAAUUGUCUGGAAAUAUUGUAGGUAGCAUAUUUAGAGAUACUGUACUCGCGUGAAUAAGUGCCCCAUUUGAAUAAGCGCUGCCUUAAUAAUAUAAAAUUUUCUUUUUAGCAAGCCGAUAAUCCAAUCAAUCCUUGGACUGUGGUUGUUGGCGUGAUCUGAGCUGCAGAGUGGAAUCACAUUCUUCUUAGGUCGGUAUCACAAUGAGGAUAUUUCUUUUGGACAGAUCAGAGCUCCGAUCCCUGGACAGACAGUACAUUUCCUACUUUCUUCUUACAUAUUUGUGUAGGCCUAGUCCUACUCAUCUUUUUCUUCUUCCGACAAUUUGCACCUUUAGCACAUUCUUGUCUGUUUUCAAGAAAAAUCCUGCCAUCCUGCUAAUCUCAAUCGGCCGAUGGCCAACAAGCUAACCACUACCCACCAACACUAAUUGCAUCCGCUAUUCUGCUGUUACAUAAAUAUUCCCAGCAUUGUUGUCAUGAACCAUGUUCUCUGGACGAUUAUCUUUUCCGCCGCACCACCAUUCGUAAUGUCCUUAUAUAAUCUUUUUUCAUUCAAAAAGUGCCUCUUGAAUUUAGUAAGUUCCCAUAAGAACCCCUCGAUUUUCAUCUAUUUCCAUAAGUACGCCCUCAAUUUCCACUCUGUUUUCAUAAGCGCUCCGUUUAAAUAAGAGCCCCGUCCGAAUAAGCGCCCCUUAGAAAGUGCUAAAAAUAUUUUAAGCGCCCAGGUGCUUAUUCGUGUGAGUACGGUAAAUAUUUUCUAAGCCACAUAGUAAGGAGAAUGAUUUUAGAAGGCAGCUGAUUGAAGGACACACAAAGUGACAUAAACAAGAGAAAAGAGAACAAGAGGAAAAUUAGAGAGGUGAAUUAAACCACAUUAACAGAACAAGCAUAGUACUCACAAGUAGUUAGACAGAAAGGAGUGGCUUCCAACCUUCUACAAGAGGAAGGAAAUUAUGAAAAAUUCUCUAAGCUACAUUGGAUUGUAAUUUUUGUGGAUAAAGAUUGUGAAUCCCUCUCAGGAAGUUUACAGAGGGCUUAAGUGAGUACACAUCUGCUGCUCAAAGAUACCCUGGCUCCAAAUUCUUUAAAGGAAGCUGUAUUUAUUUGUUAGUAGGGUGCAUAGCUAACAAAGGUUAGCCUAACUCACUGUGUUCUACACAGAGUUACUAUACAACUAUGACGGAAGAUCAUUUUCAUUCAUACUACAUGAUAAUAUCGUAUAUGUUAGACCUAUCAUGAAUGGUGUAUAAACCACUGUGUGCUUGAUACCGUAAGUAAUCUGGGCAUAGUUAACAAAUGUGUUUGGAUUGAACACCAAGAUAGACAUAGGUGAUUAUAACAAAUCAUGUUGAAAUUUGUGGAAACAUUGGUUUAAAAAAUUUUAAUUAGUUUUUUUCAAAUCUAUUUUCAAUAUCAAAAUGAUGGAUGUAGCACUGAACGUGAUGUGUACCCAGUGUGCAAUGAGCAGAUGAUCACUGUGUAUUAAUUAAAUAGUCAAGACACUUUCUUUCACAGAAUUGACAAUCAGUAAUUUUGUAAACCAUUUUCAUACUUAUUAUUUGUAUAGUUGUAGAUUGUCUGCAGACUGACAUAUACUAGGCAGAUGUUCCAAUACCAUAAUGACAAAGAUAUUUUUUUUUUCUUUUUGUUGCUUUUUCCAGUAUAGAACAAUUUAUUUUUUCUGAAUUUUGAUAUGUUGUCAGAGUAAAAGAUCCACGUAAGAUAAGAGGGCUGUAGGUCUAUACUAUCAAAAUCUAAUCAGAUUUUAUCUGCUGAGUCUAACAGACAAACUUGUUCAAUAAUAUUUUGUCAGAUUACUCUAAUUGUAUUUUUGUUAUAUAGUAUUAUAGUGAAAGUGUAUAUCUUUGGUAUCAUUUUUCACAAGAAAAUAGUUGAUGUGUGUAUUUUAUAAUAUACUGCUGGUACAUUCAAAUAAUCAAUGUUAAUACAAGUAACAAAUUUGUUCAAAAUAAGUGCAUUUUAGUAUGUUUGCUUACAAAUUAGUUCAUAUAUCUAAGUAUUGUACCAGGUCAUUUUAUCGAAAUGCAGAUGUUAGCUACAGUAUUAGUAUAAUUACAUAUCAGAUCUAAAGGUAGAAAUACAGUGGAAAUUCUAUUGAACGGAGGCCGCCCCCAGUGCAGGAGAUAAUGUGGUAUCUGAAUGGAAUGGUCUCAUAAAAAGUUGGGCGCAAUAUUAAAGGAUAGGAUUUAUUUAUACGUAGGUACAUGGGAGAUUGCUGUUCUUUAACAGGGCUGGAGGAACGUUUUUUAAAGUGGGACCCCCACUCUUUCUUUUCUUGCAUUUCUUUCUAAUCAUACAAAAAUCUGCGUAGACAUUAUAUAUUUUCUGCCAAAAAGUUGGGAGGGGGCCCCCUUAAGUCUGCCGGUUCCGCUGGCCAUGUUUUACUGAGGUGGUACUAUUUAAGGCAUGCCAUCCCAAAACCAGCAUAUGGUUGCUAAAAGUUAAACUAAGUAAUUAGCAUAAGGGUGUGGCUGUAUUGUAUACUUUAGUACAGAGAACUGUAUUGCUUUUACUCAGAACUUCGGCAAUUUAAGUCGAUUACAAUAAAUGACCCAUCAUUUUAAGACUUAUAAUGGGGAGAAUAUGAAUAUAUUGAGUUUUUAUUUUUUGGCCAUUGAUGCUAGUUUUGGGAUGGCAUACCCCAUUUAGAGUUUCCACUGUAUAAUUAUAACACAAUGUUGUUUUAUAUUGAUUGAUGUUAAUGCAUUAUACAUAUUAAGCUUCGAAAUUGUCAUUGUACCCACUCCUGAAGAACAAACACUUAAUCUAGUAAUUUUAAUUGAAUUAAUGAAUAUAUUAUCUUGACCAGGUAGAAAAGAUAGCAUUAAUUUACUCAACAUAACAUGCAUACCUGCUGCUGUUGCUAAUGAUUAAUGAUUAAAUUUUGUUGAAAUUUCUUAUAUGAUUAUUGUUCCAUAUAUUGCAACUUCACAUUUUUUACCUUUUAUUCUGUACCUAAAUAAUCUCCAAGUUUGUUUUGUUGUGUAUUAUUUGUAAGAUUAUUUUAUUUGUAUACACCAAAAAUGUGUUUAAUUUGUUAAGUAUUGUUUAUGAAUUCCAUAAAAUAAUUAUAUUUAGUUUGAUUAAGACCAAGCCUAUCUGUUGUAUGUCCUAUGAAAGAUAUUUUUUAAAAUGCUGGAAAAUGUAAUAUUUGGCCUAAUCCUCCAGGAUUAAUUUGCCAAGUUGAGUUUGACCAUUCCAUGAAGAUAGGGUUAACAAUUCGUGGGAAUGUGCAAUCGCCUGUUGAUCAUCACAAAUGGUGAUGUCAUUAUUAGAAAUAACCUGUUGUGCUUUGUGGCGUUUUUCAUGACAAAAUUGUGUCGCAUAUGAAACAUUUGGAAUUGCAGCCUCGUAUUGCAUGGAACCCUCUUUAUUACACUUGAAUACGUGGUACAGUUAAGUCAUGCGUAAUAUUACUAUAAAAUGCAGACUGCCGUACCACACCUGUGUCGUAUGUUAUUUAUAUAGAUACUUAUACUAUUGAUUAAUGAGACAGUAAGGAAUGUUAAUUUGUAGGUGCGCAAGGGCCUAUGAAUCCGGUAAUUAAACCAGUACAGUCGCCCAACCCUGUGUAUUUGUAGUGUGGAGCCGUUGUAAAACAAGCACCCUCAGCAUUAAUAUCCAAGUUCAGUUUUGCCUACCGGCUAUUGUACUCCCUUUCUGUUAGAAAUCUGUAAAUGGAAAAUCUUGAUAGUGAGUAGUAGCGCAUUCUGUGUUGUUACAAUUUUCAUAAAGUCGGUCUUGUUUUUGAGAGAAGAAAAUAAUUGACUAUUAAAAUGCACUGGACAGAAUUUAGGCAGGAAAUGAUUAUCUAGAAGGUUAACGACAAGUAUGGUUCAAAUAUCGUGUAUAUGAAAAGAACAGAUACCAAAUAUAACGAGAGGAAGUGAAAAAAAUAAAAAGUGUAGAAUAAAACCAA